UACGUUGGGUAGAGAAGCAGAAUUGUUUUUCAAAAAGUGUUCGCAUGGAAAUUUGAGUUUGAGAAUUCGAUUAUCGAUAGUCAAGAGCGCUAGAAAUAUCGAUACGCUAUAUUUCGAGAUUAAGAUAGCGAUCGAAUCGCUCGUUCGAAUUUUGAACAUUCUCUAUGAAUGAUUUUCAACUUGUAAGAUAGCAAGGUUAACUUUUAUAUGUAAAAAUAGAAAUAAAAUUGGAAAGAAAAUGCCAAAACGGAUGUGUGAAUUCGACGACGAUUUAGCGCCACAGUCUAAAAUUCACGUAGGGCAAAGAGAAGUCGAUAACGGAGUGGAAAAAGAAACUCAUAUGAAAAAAGUCUAUGACCGAACUUUGGAUUUGUUAAUGACAGGAGCCAGGGAAUUAUCGCAGAAAAUGAAUAAAUCUAUUGACUUGGACCUGACAGAUCCUGUUCCGUCAGUGAUUGUGCCAGCAGCUAAGUCAACUCCGCAGCAAAACUUUAAACAGAUGUUUCUCAACAACAAAUUACAGCUCGAGACUAAGGGUGAAUGUGCAAAGACUGUGCCAAUCGGCAUCUGCGGCUGUUGCCGAGUCAUCGAUGAUUAUGGAUCGCACAACUGUUACUACUGCGAGAAGGUCUUGUGCUCCUCCUGUCUAGCCAAAUGCGUCAAAUGCUUGGAAAGCUUUUGUCAGAAUUGCUCAAUAAUUGCAUAUGACACCCGAGAGUACAACAUCUGCUUGAACUGCUAUCAAUGAACCGGCGUUACAAAGUUUGUGAAAAAAUGCACUCAUUUCAGUGUUAAUUCUAAUUAUUUAUGAUGUAUUAUUAUUUUGUACGUAUUUUAAUAGUUUUGUAUAUUUGUACAUAAAGUUUGAAUGGCAUUUUUAAUGUAUGCAAACCACUGUUCAACAAAAUGUUAUCGUUUUAAAUAUAAUGU